UAGUCGUUGGACUGCUAAGUAGACAGUUUGCAAACAGUUCGCGGUGCAGUUAUUACUAUUAUAUUUUAUACUUAUGUUUUGAGAUUCUUGUUCAGUUUUAUGUAACUGAUAAUAUUACCUAAAGUAGCCAUCGCGCCAACAGUUACAGGUGACACUUGUCGAACGAUUUCAGACGCACAAACCGCUAUCGUCUAAGCGUGCAUGUGUCUUAGCACCGGUAGACACAGGAACAUCGAAAAAAUAAACGACCGGUAAAGAAUAACAGCCAAAAUGACGAACGUCACCCAAGAGAGUUUUAACUUUUUGACUGAAACACAAAAUAAACUACUAGACCUAGUAAAAAAUGAAUUAGUAUUUGAUGAAGUUGUGGAUUCGUGGAUGUUCAUGAGCACACCAUGGCCAGUAUUAUCGACAUUAGUGAUUUAUUUAUUAUUUGUACUCAAACUUGGUCCAAAAAUAAUGGAAAACCGUAAACCUUUUAACAUUAAGUACGUGAUACUUUUGUAUAACCUUAUACAAACGGUUUACAACGGCUAUCUAGUUUUGUGGUUUUUUAUUACACCCGGAGCAGUCACGUAUCACUUUAGCCAUUUGUGUCACCCUCUCCCGAGAAACCUAAAUCAAUAUCUUAUACACGAACUCAACAAAGGAUCGUGGUUUUUCUUUUUGUCUAAAGUCAUAGAUCUACUAGACACAAUAUUUUUCGUCCUAAGAAAAAAACAAUCGCAAGUAUCUUUCCUACACGUUUAUCAUCAUGUUAACAUGGUUAUCACAUGCUGGGCUUACCUAAGGUUUAUAAAAGGUGAACAGUUGAUUUUUGGUGGUAUAAUCAAUUCAUUUAUUCAUACGGUCAUGUACAGCUACUACUUUUUAUCAGCACUAGGACCUCAAAUGCAGAAGUAUUUGUGGUGGAAAAAAUAUUUGACUCGUAUGCAAAUUAUUCAAUUUUUAAUGAUUAUGGUCUACGAAGCAGGUUUAUAUAUGUUUAACUGCAACUUCCCGAGAUUGUUUAUGCUGUACAUCAUCGCUGACCUCACGCUGUUUUUGUAUUUGUUCUUAAUGUUUUACAAAAAAACAUAUGAUAUUAGGCAAAAACCAAAACAACAUGUACAAUAAGAUAGUCAAAAAUGUAAUUUCUGUGAUGACUGUUUAUACAGUUUGGUUAGACGUUCUAAUUUUUACGAAUUAUUUAUCUAUUACUUUUUAAACCAUACCUGCGCUUUAAUUGUUAAUAAUUUGGUGAUAUUUUAUUUAAUAGACGAACAAAAAAAAUUACAAUGGCUGUCCAUCAUUUUAUUUUAUUUAUUAUUAUAAAUUAUUAAAAUACAAUUAUAGGGUCAUUUUAAAAUAAGUUAAAAAAAUCUACGAAUUAUUUCACAUUAUACCUACAUACUACCAUUUA